AUGGAGAACAACCAAGAGCGAGUUUUGCUGGAUGGAAGUCCGCGCACCGCGCGACUAUCAAAACAGAAUCCGAACCAGUCAACUGCCACCGCUCAAUGCCAAAGUGAAUUUUGGAGUGCGGUGCAACAGACCGCGCCCGACAAUAGUGCGAGAGAUGGUAGUGGACAUGUCGAGAAGGAAUCUGACGAGCACCUCGAGACUUUAAAGUUUUCGUUUCCCAAGAAGGUCAAGGCUCGCGAAGGAAGAAAAGCGCACGCCAGCAAGCACUGCGUGUCGCCGGCGAAACUGCAAUCGUUUUCUCACGACGCUUCCAAGUCUGAAAAAUUCGAUGGCAAUCAUCGGCGAAGCGAUUUGAAGACCACGGAACGCAACACGCGCUCUGAGGAAGCUAAAAAUCGUUGCGAGGAAUCGAAUGUGAAGAUCCACAAAAAAAAUCGCUCACAACAGGAAGACACGCGCAAUAAGAGAAACGUCUCGUCCCAAAGUGACAUUUCUAAGAAGCAACGGAAGAAUGAGUCCGAGUCCUGCGAACGUUACCUUUGUCCGGAGCUACAACGCAAGUUGAAGUGCCGGAAGGAGCAGCGUCCCGACGACAAAAACACUCAUCAAAACUGUGACUCGAAAGGACGAGACGCGACGAAGAAUCACGCGCGGCAAUCGAAGGAUUUUAAGUAUUCACAAAAGCAGGAUAUCGGCAGGAUAUGUGUCAAACUCAAUAUUUCCUAUAGUUUUUUUUCAUUUACUCUUAUAUUUUUGAUCUCUCAACCAGAACCGCAAUUACAAACAUGCGAACGACACAAAACUAGUGAAGAAGCGCGUGUAGUCUGCACGGAUCCAUCGAAAGGAAAGAAUGACUGCAGUCGUGAAAAACACGAGAUCCGCAAAAAAGAGCGACAAAAGUGUACUGAAAAUAACCGAGGACAGUCUAAAAAUCAAAAAAGAGAUUUUUCUUACGAUAAAAAUAAAACAGACGGAAAACGACAUUACUCGCAACAAUCGAUUUUCUCUGUCUCGGGAGAUCAUAGAUCUUUCUCCACUUUGAUUCCUGAUAUCGUUCUUGGCACGAACGGGGCAAGGAAAACGACACAGAAAUUUUACGCCAGCUGUAGCAAGGACGAAAAGGAUUUAAAACUGUCGUGCGAAAAACCAAAGAAAAAAUGUGACACUGACAAAAAAGAUGAAGCCAAGAAGAAAUGCGUGAAAGAUCCGCCUAAGUGUUUGACGAAAAAAUCGAUCGCCGAUAAAAAGCAAACGUGUCUGUCUACGUCGAAUGAUAAAGACAUGAAAUUACACGAACCCACGCAAAAAUCCCGUCAUGAAGAAUACUGUUCUAACAGAAAAAAAGCGAUGAGAGUAAAUGAAGGUAAAUAUAAAAAACCCAAAGAAGUACCGACGAAAAAACAUCCGCCGUCCAUCGCAAAAGAAGAGAGGCCUCAUUGUACUAAAUUUUUAAUUAAUUUUAAUAUUUUCUUAUUUGUCACUGCAGAUAAACAGCCCAAGAUAGAGAAAUCGAUAAGGGAACAAAUAGAUCGCGAGUACAGAGAGAUAGACGAAUGUAAAAAAAGCGGCACAAUAAAGAAAGACGACAAGAAGGACGACAAAGUCAAAAAAAUGUCUACGGAAUACAGAUCGAGCGACUCGGAUCGUGUGAUUAUACCAUAUGAACAACAGGAGAAAGAUAAUGAAAAGUUCACAAUCAUGCCUAAUCAAUCAAUCGUCUGGAAUUCUACAGGUGCCAUACACAAAUCGCUGCGCGGAAUCCACGACGGAGUUUCAAUUAUUGCUAGGUCAGUAUUUUGUCUUAAGUUUUAUCUCUAUCGCCAGCCUGCAUAUUUUCAAAAUCUAGGAAUUAAUAAACAAAUAAGAUUGCAAUAUUAUAUAACCACACUUGCGAUCGAUAAUCGAUUAUUACUUGUAACGUUGAGCUGUUCCGUAUGGCGUAAUUACAGAGAUGUCAGACUGUUCGACAUGAUGUUUGAUCGAUCGUUCUCUACCACGAAAGUGAAUUAUCAGGAUGAUUUUGCUAUCGAGCAAACCGCAGGUCAUAGUAAAAUGGUUCAGCGCUGUUCUGCGAAUAACAGCGAAUUUAUUCACGGGGAUGAAUUGCCAAGUUAUAUCGAGGUAGAGAAUGACGAAGAAGAGGACGACGAGUACGACUGGGUCACAGGUCCGCCUAUCCUCGGACUCGAUUGAAUCCAAAGUUAGAGUAAAUAUCUAUUUAAUAUGCAAAUAUAUAUUAGAAAAGUCCGAUUAGAAACGAUUAUUACUGACUUUGUCGAAAUUGUUUUUGAAGAAUCAUAAUAUUUUUGAAGAAUGUUUUGAUGACUCGAUAAAUAAUUUAGAUGUAGUUUGUAUGCACAUGCGAUGUAAUUACAUCUGUCUACGAUUUCACACUAUUCCCUUUUUAACAACUCCACCUUCAAAACGCUUGCAUUCAUCAGCUUGAAAUAUCGCGACAUUUAUAAGCGCAUAAUUUUCUCAUAUAUAAACCUCUCGUAUGAACAUAUGAUACGCCUUAAUAGAACGUAAUAGGACAUUCAUACAUGACCAUAUUUCACUUUCAACAAAAAGUAUGAGACACAUCCGAUUAUGCGUCGUCAAUUAUUCCCGGACACGGGUUAAUCAGAUUUCCAUUAGUAUACAUAAUGAGUAUGCUGGAAGCCAGAAAGAGUGGAAGAAGAGUAAACACUUUACCAUAAAGUAUCAAUAUAAUCUUCUACAAAAACCAAUGAAAGGAGGAUUAAGAAACGAAAUGAAGAUAACAUCACUGUAUGGCUAACGUGCAAGGAAGAGGAAAUUCGUGAUUUAAAAGCAACGAUUUUGUAAAAAUUAGAUUUUAUAAUAAAUCUAAUUAAAAAUAAGGAUGCCACCAUCGAUGCUAUCAAUAUUAGAAAAAGUAAAAAAAAGUUUAAAAAUAAAAUACAAAAAUUGGAGGCAAAACAUUUCAAAAUAAAUAUCAUGAAAUGUUUGAUAAAUGAUAAUGUUGUACAAAAAAUGUCGUGGAUGGAUCAAAGAAACGAUGGCAAUAAUAGAUACUUUACUUGCUAGUAUUACAUAUAUUAGAGUAUGUAAAUAGCAUAUAAAAAUGCACGCUUUCGAGCGCAAAAAGAUAAUGCAAGAUUGUUGAUUUUCAUUAGUACGUCAGACGAUAAGUCAAUUACUUUCCGAUAUGUUCACUUGGAGUCGAUUAUUCGGCGAAAGACGAGCGCGCGCGACGAGGACCUUACCGGGGGGAUUUCGCUUGCUCCCGCGCCUUCGCGAGACGUCUUUGUAGCGUGACGGAGGCGUGAAUGGCGAUGGGCCAGGAGGCCCAAUUACGAAGUUAUUCAGUCCUCGCCACGGGGCACCGCGGUACCGCUUGUACGCACCUA